AUGGCCUCUAUCCUCGUUGCAGCUAGCGGCAAAGCCUCCUUAGCUCUCGCCCACAAGAAACCACAUGUCACUGGCUACAACAUUGAUAUCUUCGAGGCUGCUAUGAGGAAUUUACGUCCUCUCCCGUGCUAUGAAUAUUUUGUCUUCAAUGGUACUUAUGAUGAGCUAGUUGGCAACGUGUCUUUGGGGGUCUAUGAUGGUGCAGUAGGUGAUGUGACCAUAACGGCUGAACGAGCCACCAACACCGACUUUACAAUGCCAUACACACAGUCUGGUGUGCCUAUGCUUGUGCUUGCCGUGGAUGAACCCUAUAGAAUCAGUUGGACAUUUGUCAAGUCACUAAAUGGGGAGCUUUGGCUUGCAACCAUGGUCUUUUUCCUCUAUACUGGCUUUGUCGUGUGGAUGAUUGCACUACCCAGAAAUCAAGAGUACCAAGGAUCAAAUUUGAGACAGUGUAGCACAGCCCUCUACUUCGUUUUCUCCACUUUGACAUUUUCUCAUGGUCAUACUAUUAGAAGCCCCUUGUCAAAAAUUGUUCUGGUGAUAUGGUGUUUUGUGGUGCUGCUGGUUCUUGUCCAGAGCUACACUGCAAGCUUGUCAUCCAUUCUAACUAUGAAGAGGCUCCGUCCUUCGGUGACAGAUUUUGAGACGCUCCAGAAAAGUGGUGACUUUGUAGGAUACCGAGAUGAAUCAUUUGUGCGGUCCUUCUUGAUUAAUCAUACCAUCAAUGAAAACAAGUUAGGGAACUACACGACGAAAGAACAAUAUGCCGAAGCUUUUAAGAAGGGAUCCAAGAAUGGAGGGGUAUCAGCUAUCGUUGAUGAGAUCCCCUAUUUAACUUCGUUCCUCUCUGAGAGUCGGUACAAAAAUGAUUUUAGAAUGCUCGGGUGCAUAUACAAGACUCCUGGAUUUGGUUUUGCGUUCCAUCUAGAUUCUGCGCUAGUGCAUAAUCUUUCGACUGCCAUCCUGAACCUAUUAGGAGGGGGUGAGGGCUCACAAAUCGAAAGGAAAUGGUUCGGACCAGCUUCACCUCCGAUGGGUGCUAGCAUGGUCCCUAACAUGGACUCCGCCCCUCUCACUCCCCAAAGUUUCUCUGGUCUCUUUGUCAUCACGGGAUCCAUUUCAACUCUCAUGCUGCUGAUAAGCAUUAUGAGGUUGAUUUAUGCCAAAUGCACUGAGUUGAGAAAGGCUGAUGUGGAAAGUGUCAGCUACAGUGGCACCCGUCUGUUGUAG